AUGAGUUCAGGAUUUAUUACUGAAUCGGAAAUAUUGGAGGCUAGACAGCGCCGCCAGGAAGAAUGGGAAAAAGUGCGUACAGAAGACCAGCCCCAGGAGGCGCCAGAGGAACCCUACGAUUCACGGCCACUUUUCCAACGCUUAGAAGAGCAAAGACUCAAGAAGGAAGCUGAAUAUGAAGAAGCACACAAGCUAAAAAAUAUGAUUAGAGGGCUGGAUGAUGAUGAAGUUGGAUUUCUUGAUCUUGUGGAAAGAACAAAAGCAGAAGUAGCACAACAGAUAAGCAUUGAAGAGCAGAAAGAAAUGCAGGAAUUUCGGGAACGUGUAUCAAAUCUAGCUGAGAGUGAAGAAAUAAUACGAUUACGUGCACAGUUAGCUCCAGCCCGGUCUACACAAACUCCACAGACACAAAAAAGCAAAUUACAAGGAGUGGUUGUACGAAAGAGGAAAGCAAGUGAAAUGGAGGGUGAAAAUAAAGAAAAACCUUCACCUACAAAUGGAAUCUGCAAUAAAGUCACACAAAGUAACAUAGUGGUACCAUCUGAGACAUUAGGUGCAAUGCGGUCCGUCGCUGUGCUUCCUGGAUUAGGACAUUAUACAGAGACGUCUAGUGAUAGUGAUGACUCGUCAGAUAUUGAGAAUGAAAAAUCCUGCAUCAAGCGGGAUCUACUUGGCAGAAUGCCGGACCCAAUAGGAGAUAAGAGGAAGGAGGAAUCUAAAAGUUAA